UUGGACCGCAGCGUUGCCAGAUCCCGCGUCAAUCCGGUCCAAAACUCUUCUCUGAGACCUGGAUCUCGUGAUUAUAGUGUGUCUUCUAAUCAUAGCGCCAUCUGCAGAAAUAAAAUAAGUAAAUUUAGUAAGACCCACUUCCACCUUCCACUCCUGGUUCAAACUUCGUCCGGUCAACAUCCACUAGCACCAGACAAUCGACAAUGGCAGAUCUCAGCGGCAGGGAUGUCGAAAGGGCAGAAUUCGCCUUCUCCAUUUAUGACGACGAUGGCAGCAACGUCAUCGACGCAGUUAACCUUGGCAACGUCCUUCGCGCAUUGAACUUGAACCCCACGAAUGCAACCAUCGAGAAACUGGGCGGCACGAAGAAGAAGGGCGAGAAGAAAUUGAAACUAGAUGAAUUCCUGCCCAUCUUUAGCCAGUGCAAAAAAGACAAAGAUCAGGGUUGCUACGAAGACUUCCUUGAGUGUUUGAAACUGUACGACAAACAGGAAAACGGAACAAUGCUCGGCGCGGAAUUGUCUCAUACACUUUUGUCGCUUGGUGAGCGUCUCAGUGAUACAGAAUGCGAUGAAGUAUUAAAGGACUGCAUGGAUACUGAGGACGACGACGGUUUCAUCCCUUAUGCCCCCUUCUUGAAGAAGAUGAUGGUACCGUUGUAAAUGGUGAAGGUGUUAUCGAGACAAAAAUUAUCCAUCCGUUUCUUCGUAAACUAUGUGAGAGGGCGGCGGCAGACAAUGAGUAAUAGGAUGACCGCCAUCAACAUUUAUCCACAUCAAUGAAGGACUCACUUGCAUAAUAUUCGUUCGUCGCAUUUGCCACACCAUUCAUCUCCCAUCCCAUGAUUAUACAUCGCACGAUAACGCGAAGAUCCCAAUUUGACAAUUUACACGUAAAGCAAUAUAUGAUCCUGAAAUUAGCAUCGUCGAGAUAGACAUUUUAUUAAAAGGGAAACAAAACAAAGCAGGAAAAAUCCACGUAAACAUGAAGUACAACGAAAACAAUAUUUCAUCUCGAAUGCAUGCAGCAUCGUUUUAUUCGAUUUGAUUUCAUACAUUUUUUUGCGAUACAAACGUUUAUUUAAAUUCACAGUCAGCAAAAUAUCUUAAUAUGGCAACAUUAUGUACAAAGUCGAAUAAAACGGUCAAUGUUAAUUUACUUCUUACUAGUGCUAUAAUAAAUUUUUCCUCUCCAACUGUCAAAGAGGAUUAAAAAUCGCC